GAAACAUGAAUGAGGUACAAGUUAUUUUGUGGAUGUUUAGAUGUUUUUACGGAUUAUCCAUGUGAGAUGUUUUAAAAGUAAAAAUUCCGUGAAGAAAUUAGAUCAUCUGAUAUGAGAAGAACGACUUGAAGAAGCAGAUGGUGUUAUAACCAAGUAACCAAUCAUAUCCGAUGUCAUUUCAUGAUAGAACUGUAUGGUUAUCAGUUUUGAGUUGGGACUAAUACUCAUUACCUAGAUGAAAUUAAUAUGAGAUAGUCAAGUUUCUUGGUUGUCAAUCAUAUGGUAAUGAUAGGAAGCUCCACCCAUGUGCACUGGAAGAAGGUAGGAUCUGUAAAGAACUGUUUCUCUAUUUCAAACCCAGUGGUAAAUUCCAUAUCCUCUCCUCUACAUAAGCAUACAAGAAAAGAUCAGUUUCCAGUUGGUAAAAACAAAGUGUUGAAUUACAGCCAAAGUGUUUGACCCUGUCUACCUAAAUUGAUUGGAUGCUUUCUUCAUCCCAUUGUCACAAAAGAAAAAUGAUGCAUCGCAGUUGAAGUGUUCAAUGUGUAGACGUGUAAUGCCCAACUUGAGUUUCUCUAUCCAAUAUGGGAAAGAAAUAUAAAACAGUGUACAGAAGAGUGGAGUUAUUAGUUAUAUUUGCUUCAUGGUUAUCUUUCACAUCAUCAGCAGAACUGAUACCAUCUUUUAUACAAGAACCUGAAUCUACUGUGAUAUCUACUGAUAGGGCAACCAUUUUAGUUUGUGAUGUUGUUCCAUCUACAGCUAAAAUAACAUGGCUUUUAAAUGGUCAGAAAUUGAACCUCAAUGAAAAUAAUGGCAUAUCCUUACUCGGUAAUGAUUUAAAGAUAGAUCCAUCCAAGAAAAGAAUUGAUGAUAUUGUAGGGGAUUAUCAGUGUGUAGCAGAAUCAUCAGUCGGAUCUAUUGUCAGUCGGCCAGCAGUAUUGUCUAAAGCAGUAUUUAAGUUUAAAGCUGGUAAAGAUGUGAUGAUAAAUGUUACUGAAGGUGGAAGUGUAACUUUACCAUGUUAUUCACCAGAUAUAUCACCUCCAAGUUUUAUACAGUUUCAACAUUCUGAUGGCAAUAUAAUACAUAAAAAUACUGAUAAUACAGAGGUAUUACCAUCAGGAAAUAUUGUAUUGAGAAAUAUAGAAUUUAGGCAGACUGGUGUAUAUAAAUGUAUUAUUGUUAAUCCUAAUACAGGGAUGAACAAAACCUCGACAUUUACCAUCUCACUACAAGUAUUUCCUCAAACUUCAUCAGGUAUUGUGAUAGGAACUAUGAUAUUAGAAAGUGAUUCUACAAGUAGUUCGGACCUGCAAUUAAAGUUAAAUAAAGGAGAAGAUGCUGUAUUAGAAUGUCCUGCUGCUGGUUAUCCUGAACCUCAAGUCAAUUGGACAAAAUAUGCAGGAUUUCUUCCACCAUCAAGAUCCACAGUUAUAUCAGGCAAUCUUCAUAUCAAGAAAAUACAGCUACAAGAUGAAGGAACAUAUUUAUGCAGUAGUAACACCAGUCAAAAAUUUGUCACAUUAGAAGUGAAAGAAAUUCCAAGUAUUACUGUGGAUGAUGAUGUGAUUGAAGCAGAAAGAGGAAGUAGUUUAAGAUUAAGAUGUCAUGUUAAAGGUCGUCCAACACCAGAAAUUACUUGGUACCAUGACGGCAGGAUUAUAACAAACUCAGUAACAAAAAUACUCAAUCAUGAAACUGCUAAAUUAAUCAAUAAAGUGAAAGUUACAGAUGGAGGAAUUUACCAGUGUAUGGCUAAAAACCAGGCUGGUGUUUCUUCUGCUGCCAUCUUCUUACGGGUUAAAGGUCAAGUUGUUGAUCCAAUCGGAGCAGAUGGAGAUUCUAUACCUAAUGUAAUGAAUACCAAUAGUCCUAAUGAAACAACAGAUGAAUCAAUCAAAAAACAUCAUCAUAAUAAACAUGGUAAAAAUAAUGGUAAGAAAGAUCGGCAUAAAAAUAAGAAGAAAAACAAAAAGAACAAGAAGAAGAAUAAAGGAAAGAAUAGAAGAAAGAAUAAAAAUGGCACAGUAAAAUUAGUUCCACCAUCGAGACCAUCUGUAGUUCAGUUAUCAGAAUCAUCAGUAAUGUUAAACUGGACAGUACCAGAGAAUGAUGGGUUACCAGUUACGUUUUUCCGUGUACAAUAUAAAGAAGUAUCACCUAAGAAGAGAGCCUGGCAGACGGAAGAUAGAGAUAUUUCAAAAACAGUUCGAAAAUAUGAAGUUAAUAAUUUAAAGAAAGGUGGAACUUAUAAGUUUCGUAUAGCAGCUGUCUAUUCAAAUAAUGACAAUAAUAUUGGCCAGAAUUCACCUCGUUUUCAACUAACAACUAACGCUCAACCAGAAACUGCUGUCCCAGCUGAAGCUCCUACCAUUGUAGAAGCUAAACCUAUUGUCUUUGAGAAUGUUUAUGGAAUCGGUGUAAGAUGGCAGUAUCGAGCCCCAGAUUCACCUCAGAUAGAAGGUUUUAAUAUAUUCUAUAAACCAUAUGAUUAUCCUGGUGAAUAUAAACAAAAUAAUUUACCUGGAGCUAGUGUACGAGAAUAUCUAUUAAAAUACCUGAAAUCAGAUACAGAAUACAGUAUCAAGAUGCAAUCCUAUAAUUCAGCAGGCAAGAGUGAUUUUAGUAAUGUUGUUGUCAAAAGAACUAGAGGAAAACCUGAUAUUGAUUCUGUGAAUCCUACUCCUGCACCAGAAAGAACAACAAUACCACGAACUCGACCACCAGUAGCUAAUGAUGGUAGUUCUUCUCACUCUAAUAAAAAGAGUAGUGAAAUGUUAUAUAUGAUAUUAGGAAUUGUUUUGGGUAUUAUGUUAUUGUUGUUGAUAGUAUUUAUGUUUAUGUGCUGGUGGAAACAACGACAACAAAGACGAAUGUUAGCUAUGAAUGGAGUUAUACAAUCUAAAUUUCAAGAUCAAGCUCAUCGCAUCUAUACGGAUAGUAUGAGAAAGAAGUAUAUGAAUGGAGGUUAUCCUGUAAAUGGAUUAAACGGGUAUGUGGCCAACGGUCACGGUCCUCAUGGACAACAAAAAAGGAAUCUUAAUGUAAAUCCUGUUUCCAGUGAAUUGACCUCAUUACCGAGAAAUCCAGACACAGUUAAAUAUUUUCAUAAUCCAGUAGGUAACGGAAAUGUUGGAACAAUCGGACAUACUAAUGCAAGUGAUAAUAAUUGUAAUAAUAUUAACAGUAAUAAAAUAGUAUUAGUUGAUCCCGAUGAUCCAUCGCAGCCUAUGUUAUCUGACAGUGAUAGACUAGAAAAUCCGGAACACAUUUACCGACCUAAUUGUUGUCCGAAUCAUCACUAUCAUCAAACUUUACCGGGUCAUUCAUCUAACGAAGGAGAUGUAUCAGGUACUGAUACAUUUAACGGUUCAUCACCACAGCAUGGUUUUGAACGAUUGUAUAGAUCUGAAGAUGGACUUUCUCAUAAACCUUUUGUGGAGGAAAAUUUAGGGCCAAGUGACCGUCAGUCGUAUGACAGUUUGUCUCCCUCAGAUCAUCAGUCAGGGCGUUACAGCAAUAAACACAGACAUCGUCGUAAACAACGACACAGUAAAGAACAAACAACACGUGAUCAAGCAACCAAUACAGACCUCAGUAGUAAUGAAGGUGCAUCAAUAGAAUUUACAACUUUCAAUAAAUCAGGAUCCAAUUCUGACCAAAUAAAUGUGCCAAGUGUCUCUACCAGUGAUUUACAAUGUACAGACUUGUCACAUUUGAAUAAUCAACUUUGACCCUGUCUAUCUGUGUCUUCAAAAAACUAAACCUUCAAAACGAGAAAAACGAAUGAAACAGUGUUUUUUAAAAACGAGAUGUGUAUUAUUUAUGGUGCAAAAACUAAACAAAAAAGAAAGAAAUGGCAAAUUGUGUCUUUCUCCAGAAAUUGACUGGUAUUAUUGUCUACAGGAUGUAUUUAUAAAAGUGCUAUUUGUGUUUAUAAGAAGAAAAUGUUGAUCUAAUGUUGAAGAAAUAUUUUAGUGAAUAAUACUCAGGUUGUAUAAAAACUUAGUGCAUAAUAUUAUAAUAUAUAUAUAGUAAUAUUUAUAAACAGUGAACAAGAGACAUCUAAUUAUCUUUUAUACCUACACACAUGUAAUGUGUCUCUUUACCUCAGUCACUUAAACAAAAAAUAUCUGUUAGAAAUUUAUUUUUAGUUCAAACAGUUAAAGAUCUGAAAUGUUAAUGUCAAAUUAUUUCUGUGAAUUUAUUAGAAUUUUUAAAAAGCUGUUGGUGACUUUAAAAGUCUGUCUUUUCUUCUUCUCUAAUGAAAUUUAAGUUGAAGAUUUUUAAGGUUUGUUACCUCUAUAGUUGAUGGCUGAAAUUAUACUGAUUGUAUAUUGUCAAGUGAGGCAGCUAUGAUUUCUGGAACAUAGAUAAAUACUUAUAUGUAUAAUAAAACCUCUCCUGUCUUCUGUGUUUCAAUCACAGAUUUAUUGACUUGGGUCAGAUAGAAAUGACACUAAUGAUAUUAAGAAUGUUUGUUAUUAUUUGCUCAAUAAAAGGGUAAGCUGUUUUAAUUAUAUGUCUCUAUUAUUAUAUGCAGAACGUGUGUUCAACUGUCAUAUUUUAAAUUAUAGAAAUAGUUAUAAUACAGAUGCUCAGUAUUAUCACAUUCAUACUAUAACACACCAACUUCUUACUGCCAGAUUUAUUAUAACACUAAUGUCUAUUUUACUGGCACAGACUCGUUUACUUUCUGCUCAUCGGAUCACAUUGAAUUUUGUCUUUAAUUUUCUACAACUUGAUCAUUACUUAUAAUAUUUUGUUUAAAUACAGUUAAAUUACUUUGAUUGUGCAGGGACCGAAAAUAUCAUUCUCUAUAUAUUGAUAUUGACUAAACCCAAGUUGGGUCAAAGUUCACAAGAUAGUAAUAAUCUCUUUAAACUGUGCACAAACCAGGGCCUAAAAUAAGGUUAAAUUCUCAGAGCACGGAUUUAGAGUCAGCGGAGCCGCAGGCGCCUGGGGGCCCUCCCCCAAAAAAUUUUGAAAAUUGAGAGCUUGAAACCGGCAUCUGUGGACUAUUCUGGUGCAGUUUACAUAGGAAUUUAUUUUGUCGCGAGCAGCUUUUUCCGCAUGAAAAGUUAUUGAAAACUCAGCACUAGGAAGACAACACAUCACUUUCGUUACAGAACUGUAACAGAACUGUAAUUAAAUUUCUACCAUUCUUACAUCAAAAAUCAAAUCCCAUGAUAUGAAUCUUAUCAUUAACAAGGGUUUUAACAAGGGUACAACAUAAAAAUCUGAUUAUUGUCUUAUAAAGUCUUUUUAGGGAGUGAAUGUGGAGCCAGGUCAUGGGCUGCUGGCCGAACAUCAAAUUCAGACAACGAGGGCAUAUUGAUGCGAAUGUUCAGGUAUGCGUCCAUGGUCUCCUCAGACAAGCUACAUCACAUGAAUGUGGCUUCGCUGCUACUACACGAGCGAUCGCCACGGACACAGGUAGCCAAUUUUGACCCUGGAUGGGAGUUUUUAAUUUUUCAGGAAAAACCCCAAUGUCGCUUGCCUACAUUGCUUUUUAGGCGGCGGCGGAUCGAGCUCCGGUUCCCCAUCCAUAUUUUAAUACCUAAAAUCGCAGAUAACACCGAAAAUAAGUCAAAAACAAACUUUUUCAAAGUGAUAAAGUGAAAUGAAGGUCAAGGUCGCAGCGGAGCAGACUGGAUACCAAGCCUACUGAAAAACCUGACUAGUAAGCUGAUGCGGCUGGCGCUCACUCACUCAUCCGAGGUAGUCGCGAGUGAGUGCCAGGUGAUCUGAUCUGAUCUGUGCAACUGACCACACCACAAGAACACAAGAAGAAACACCCAAUUAGGGGUCAGGAGGCAUCGCUGACUACACUUUUUUAGAGCACUACACCAUUUUUCAGAGCACGGUUUUCUUAUUUUCGAAGCAUGGAUUUUUCAUUUCGAGGCACGUUCGUGCUCCAAGGCACGUUAUUUUAGGCCCUGGCACAAACUGGCAAAAUAAGAAUGUGCUAUAGCCCCAAAGUAAUAUUAUAAGUAUGGUAGUGAUAAUUUUGAAUAUAUUAAGAAUAGAAUAACAGAAAUGUGACUUGAUCAGCAGAAAGUAAGUUUGCUGAACAUAUGAUAUGGUAAAGGAACUUUGUUAAAAAGAAAGGUAUUAUUAUAAAUUAUUAAUGUAUAUUAUCACCCCCCACUCUUCCUAAAUCCAUCCAUUUUUAUGAGCCCACAUUGAUAUGUUUCAUGUCUGACAACCUUUAACAACGAGAAAUGAUUCAAUAAUAUACCGGUACUGUAAUGUGAAUAAACAAAUAUUUAAUGCUGUAAUGUAUUACAUAAAAAAUAUUUUCAAUGGAAUUUAAUAAGUUUGAUCUUUUCACAGGUAAUAUAUUAAUAACAUUAUAAUUUGUAAUAAAUAAAUCGUUAUAUUAUUCUGUUUUAAUAUGCCCACAUUGAAAUGUGGUGGUAUAUUAUUGUCACCCCCAUCUGUCCGUCCAUCCACAAUUGCUUGUGUAUGCCCUUGACUUGAUAUUUAUACAUAGUGUUUAUGUUCUUGAAACGAAGACACCUAUUGGCUUUCAACAAUCUCCCAUAUAAAUUAUUGUCAGAGUUAUUGCCCUUCAUCUUUUAACUAUGUCUUGUGUAUGCCCUUUGGGCUAUAGUUAUCUGACUGAAAUAGAUACACAGUAUUUCUGUUCAUGUUACUCUUGGUAAAUGUUUAGUGACUUGUAAAGGAUCCCAUCAUCUACAAAGGAAUGAUAAUGCAACAACCUUUAUGGACUGCUUCGGGUGUAUAUGUUUCAUUGCCAGGCAACCUAUCUAAAUAUUUCUUUGCAAUUGUCACAUAAUAAUUGUUUGUUUCUUAGAACACAUUUUGUGAGUCAUUCAUAGUAACAAAUCUUCAAAAAAUAAAUAAUAUAAGAAUUAAAUACUCAGUUGUUCACUUGUAAUAUGAUAUAUGUGUAGUGUAAAUGUUUUGAGUGUGAAUGAAGACAGUAUUACACAAACAGUACUAUAUAUCAAGUAGCUAGUUACAUGUAUAUAUUUUAUUAACAAAAGGAAUCAAAAUUCACUUAUUUAAUUAUUAUUUGUUAAAAAUAGUAUGUUUAUGUAAUACUGGAAAAGUAAAGGAGUUUAGUUAGAGAUGUAUGCUGAAUGUUUGACAUACAUAAAAUAUGAAUUUGUGAUAUUAUGUAGUUUAAAUUCAUUUUUCAUUUCCAAUCUUUUUGUGUAUAUGAGAAUUUAAAUACAAACAAUUGUUUACUGAUAUAAAUAUUUGUAUAGAAAAGAUAAUAAUCAUUCAUUUGGUAAUAACAAAAUAUAUUUCAUUCAUUAAAAGCCUUUAUAUAACAUGGCACCUUACUUGAAAUAGUCCCAGUUUAUGAAAACGUUUUUUGAUAUUGUUAACUUUUGUAAUUUAUUUUUAUAUAUGGAAACAGGAGGGUAGCUCUUACACACAGCCCAUGUUAUUUACUAUAUUUCACUGUAUUUGAUUGAUGCACUGAUAAAGAUACUAUGAUGUAUAUUUUGUUUGUAUGACAUAAACUAUACAAAUACGGGUCUCUUAUACUUUAUGAUAAUAAAGUGCCUUUUGCUUACCUUCAAACAGAUAUAAUUUAAUUCUUAGUGCACUUUAAAUCAGGCCAAUAUAAACAGUGUCAUAUCUGCCAUAGUGCCAUUAUGUAAAACUACAAAAUUACACAGAUACAAAACAUUAAGAAUAUUUUUUUAUAAAAUGCCAUUUCAAAUUUUAAAUUAUUCUCUUUUAUUGCAAAAUGCUAUAAGUAUUGGUUAUGCAAGGGGAAACCUUGCCAAUAAUGUGUUUAUUUCACUAUGUUUAUGAGUUGUGGAUAUGACUGAUUAUAACUAAUGUCUUCAUACGUUUAUAUUGUACUUGUUUAUAUUGUAGUUAUAUUUAUGUAAAUACACAAUACUCCAAUCAUUGUACAAAAUAAUUACAAUAA